CGCGCAUGGCAUCUCCUUCGCUGGCCUCCCGUCUCCUGCCGCUGGGUCGCUGCUGAUGCCGAGCGGCUCAGCCUGCGCGUUCUGACGUGCGGCUACAGCCGUAGUUACCAAACCGGAGAGGAGCCUGAAACAUGAUGACGGAAGGUCCCCAUGGUUCCUCAGCAUCCCGACGGCUGUAACCCCGGUGGAUUUAUCAGAGGUUCGACCUUCAGGGCAUCACUUUGGGUGAUAUCUAAUCAGAAGCAGGGUGCUGCUGGCUGAACUUUAAGUGCUGCAUGCUCUGGUGUUUGAUGGGCCACAGGAUGAUCGAAGAAGGCAGUAAACGAGGCAAGGCCAUGGUCGAGAAGAGACAGCUCUUCAUGGAAAUGAGAGCGCAAAACUUUGAUGUAAUCAGAUUAUCAACUUAUAGGACUGCCUGCAAACUCCGGUUUGUCCAAAAGAGAUGCAAUCUCCAUCUGGUGGAUGUCUGGAACAUGAUCGAAGCUUUCAGAGACAACGGGCUCAACACGCUGGACCACAACGCUGAGAUCAGUGUGUCACGGCUGGAGACAAUCCUGUCUUCCAUCUAUUACCAACUCAACAAGCGGCUGCCCACCACCCACCAGAUCAAUGUGGAGCAGUCCAUCGGGUUGCUGUUGAACUUCAUGGUGGCUACCUAUGACAGCGAAAGUCAUGGGAAGCUGACCGUUUUCUCAAUGAAAGCCAUGCUGGCAACAAUGUGUGGAGGAAAAAUCGUCGACAAGCUGCGCUAUAUUUUCUCACAGAUCUCUGAUUCAAGUGGAGUCAUGGUGUUCGCAAAGUUCGAUCAGUUCCUCCGCGAGGUGUUGAAGCUUCCCACAGCAGUAUUUGAGGGCCCGUCCUUUGGCUACACGGAGCACGCAGUGCGGAUGUGCUUCCCUCAGCAGAAGAAGAUCAUGUUGAACACAUUUCUGGAUGUGUUGAUGGCUGAUCCUCCUCCUCAGUGUCUUGUGUGGUUACCACUCAUGCACCGACUUGCUAAUGUUGAAAAUGUCUUCCAUCCGGUAGAAUGUUCUUAUUGCCGGAGUGAGAGCAUGAUGGGUUUUCGGUACCGGUGCCAACAGUGCCAUGGCUACCAGCUUUGUCAGAGCUGCUUCUGGCGCGGCCACGCUAACGGCCCCCAUAGUAACCAACACCAAAUGAAGGAGCACUCGUCUUGGUCUCCUGCCAAAAAGCUGAGCCACGCAAUCAGUAAAUCAUUGGGCUGCGUCCCCAUCGGAGAGCCGCCACACCCCGUGUUCCCGGAGCAAGCCGAGAGACCUCAGGAGCUCACCCAUACAGUUCAGCAAAACCCAGCGACCAACAAUAUGAACAACACAAUGCUCAUGUCCUCUGGGGCACCCACUCCAACCAAAAGUGUCUUGGAGAGCCCCAGCCGGUUAGAUGAAGAGCACCGGCUCAUUGCGCGUUACGCAGCACGCCUGGCAGCUGAGGCAGGCAACUCCACACAGCAAUGUCCUCCAACAGAUCUGAGUUUUAACUUUGAUGCCAAUAAGCAACAGAGGCAGCUGAUUGCAGAGCUGGAGAACAAAAACAGGGAGAUCUUGCAGGAGAUCCAGAGGCUCCGUUUGGAGCAUGAACAAGCCUCGCAGCCCACUCCAGAAAAAGCCCAGCAGAAUCCCACGCUUCUGACCGAGCUGCGACUCCUCAGACACAGGAAGGAUGAGCUAGAGAGGCGCAUGUCGGCCUUGCAGGAGAGCAGGCGGGAGUUGAUGGUCCAACUGGAGGGUCUGAUGAGGUUGCUGAAGGAUGAGGAGCAGAAGCAGGCUUCCCAGUCUGGAGGCUCCCCUCAUUCCUCUCCCAGCCACGGUGCCGGCUGCUCCAUGCCCAUGCCCAUUCGCUCCACCUCGGCCGGUUCCACUCCGACACACACACCCCAGGACUGCCUGGCAGGUGUGGGAGGAGACGUACUGGAGGCCUUCGCUCAGGGUGUACCCAGAAACCUUCGAAAUGAUCUUUUAGUUGCUGCUGACUCAAUCACAAACACCAUGUCAUCCCUGGUGAAAGAGCUCCACUCAGUGGAUGACGGAACAGAGGACGAUGACACCAACAUGAGAAAUGGUGGAGACAGAGGUGGGUCCAGGCACAAUGAGAGUACAAAAGCACUGAGGGGAAGAGAUCUCUAUCCCAGCCUGCAAGGACAUCCAGUCAUCAACUGGGAGGACUCGGCAUCAGCAGGAAGCCCCUGGCAUUAGCACGUAGAGUAAUGCAUGCAUCUAAUCUAAAAAGGAUUUCACCAUG